AGCUGAUGGCUCCAAUGGGAAGGGAGCCCCGCUUCAAUGGCACAAAUGAGAGCCUUCUAGUGGCUGGAUCCGUUGGGUUCAGGUGACCUGGCGAAAUUUGUGCUUUCGAGCACUCGUCGAGCCUUCCAUAUCCGCCAUAUCCAUGGCAGAGGACAGGUCAGUCCAGCAGAUGCAGUCAACAGCCACAAGGCUUCUGCAAAGCUCACCUGGGUUCGCCGAAAAGCUGGCUAAUCCCAAGACAGCCCCGAGGUCUGGCUCAGGCAAGAGUGAUGACAAAGAAGCCAUGAUCGCAGAACUUCAGAAGCAGCUCGAUGAAGAAAGAAACAAAAACAGAACCCUUGAGGAUCAGUACAAACAUCGAGUUGCAUCUUUCGUCAAGCGCGAGAAAGCCACAAUGAACAAGAUCGAGGCACUUGAGAAGCGUCUGUUGGAAGGUGCCGAGAACGAUGAGCACAGCAAACGCAUGGAAGCCAUUGGCAACAUGCACAGAAGCGUGAUCACUGGACUCGAGUGCAUUCAAACGAAUACGGCGAAGAUUCUUCAGGAUCAAGAGAAGGAUUUGAUGAGAGCUUUUAGAGCACGGCUACAGGAAGUGUCAAAGGACCUUGAGGCUCAACGAAGCCGGAAGGGCGAACACUCCACAGAGCAGCAAGCUCAUCAUCGCAGAGUGGUGGCUGAGUUGCACAAGACUCAGGAGUUAGCACAAACCUUUGACAAGAAGAAUCAGCAGCUGACAGCUGAAAAUCAGAAGCUUCAGGAAAAGUUGCGCACCCGAGAGGAUGACCGACAAGCGCUUCUGCGGGAGCUAGUCUUGUCGAGGAAAGAGGUGCAAGGCUUGAAACAACAGUUCACCGGCAGCAAAGAGAGCGCCGAGCCAGAGGCGAAGUCCUCUACUGAACAAGAGAAACCAAGGAGGAAAAGCUUCUCACAGAGGCAGAUAGACCAAGCGAGGCUGCAGCAAACGCACAACAAGCAGUACGAACGCGAGGUUGCACUCAGAGAAGCAGCUCUGAAGCUGAAGCGAAUGGUAGAUGCUGAGCGUCGCACAGUCGUUGCUUUGAAGCAGCAACAGGCGGAGAUGAUGCAACAACGCACGGAGCUGGAAGUUCUGCUGCGACAGAGCCUGGAUGAUGUCAAGGCCGAGAUCCUGCGGAUGCGGGCGAUGGCAGAGGGCCAGGAUCCCUCAACAUCGCCUGGUGGCUCUGGUCCUCCUUUGUCCACAGUGUCUGUGCAUGAGCUUAGUGCGCAAGACCGGGAAAGGGUGCUGGAGUUGCUUCUGUCGCAGCAACGUGUGGUGCAGUUGCUGUACCAGAAGACCUUCCCACAAGAAGGCGUGAAUCCUCCAGCUUCUGCGCCUUCUCAGAGCGCCACGGCAUCUGGAGAUGAAUUCGCCUGGCUGGGGGACAUCAUCCCUUCUGAUGAGGGCUAAAUCAGCCCUCAGACGUUUACAUGAGGAUCUUUUCACCAAGAUUUGGACGCAGCAAGUGACAUAUUUA